GUUACAUCCACAUUUGAAAAUGAAAGUAUAUUCAAGAAACGUUUACUGGAGGCCAAGGAAUGGAUAUAAAGUGGAUUGUGGAGGUGAGACAUCCCCUUUAAGGAGCCUCCCCAGUGCUUCCUUAAUAACGCCCCCUUCCCCCGCUGAGCUCCUCUUACCUGUCCUGGUACAUUGGCAGUCGGAACAGAGAAGAGAGUCUGCACUGCUGGGCUGAGGAGAAGAUGUCCUCCCGUGUAGCUCUUCCAUGGAUUGACCUACGCUGGAGUCUAGUCUGCACAGAAGACGAUGGAGAACGUCUUGAUAAGAACUUACGAGAACAGAGACUAUGACGUCGUACUUGAGAUAUUUGCCCGGGGGAUAAUGGACUACCUCCCCAGUACCAGCAUGUAUCUGCUGAGGCUUCAUCAGGUUCAUGUGAUUAUCCUUGUGUCGUUCAUCACCUUCUACUUGGUCUUCAGCUCUUUCCUUGUGUCUUCGUUGGGUGUGGUGGCCCUUUUGGCUGGAGCUCGCCUUCUUCUUGAAUUUGUCUUUCAUAAGAUUAUAAAGAAGGCCCACAAGUUGGACUUACAGAACAUAGAAGGGUCCUACAUGUCUGGGCAUAACUCCUGCUUUUGGGUGGCAGAAGUCAAUGGUCGGGUUGUUGGUAUGGUUGGUGUCAAACCUGUCCAAGGAUCUCCUCAUGAAGUGGAACUGAGACGACUGUCUGUGGCCAAGGAGUACCGGCACAAGGGGAUUGCUAGAAGGCUUUGCAUGCACGUCAUUGACUAUGCCCAUCAACGUGGAUAUGAACACGUGACUUUAAAUACCUCGACCAUACAACAUGCGGCUCAUAAGCUCUACCUGAAAUUGGGGUUUAGGAAAACAAAAUCCAAGCCGGUGUCAGACCCAUUCGGAAGACUGGUAGAUGUGACUGUCACCUAUUACACGUAUGAUAUUAAGGCAUAACUUGUACCCCCAAAGUUCUAGGAACAGAGAAUGCUGUGAAUACAUGAUCUUUUGACUUGUUUUCUAGAUCUUGGUGUUUAUAUGUUCUGAUUAUAUAUGGACAGAAACUUGUACUGGGCUUUGACCUUUCUGUAACCAGAGAUGAUCUCUUGGGGUAUGUUCACAUUGCAGGUUUGAAAGAAUGUUCUGAGGCUGAAAUCUGAAGCUAAGCCUUGGAUUCUGCCUUUAAUUUACAAUGUGCACUGUCACACAUCCACCCACUGAUUCACCCCUUCCAAUCUCAUGGAAAUUGCGAGGCAUGUCAAUGCUUGUGUGAAGGUUCUCGUUCAUCCAGGUCAGUAGUAAUAAGUCAAACCAACUGGACUUUUAUUUUGUUCCUUGAAGACACCUUACCAGUCUUCCAACUGGCUUUCUCAGUUACAAUAACUUGAACUAAAAAUCUCCACCAUUAAAUACUACUGACUCAUGCUUCAGUCUGCCUAAUCUGUUUAUCAUAAUCACUACAAGGUCUAGGACUUUAUUAGAGGGGUGUGACAGUAAUUCUGCCACUUACCAUGCUGUUCUAAUACUUCUCCCGAGGCAGUUUAAUCACGCAUCAUACAAAUGCUAUCAACACAUUACCUCUAUGAAGUCCUUGACCUUGUAGUGAUUAUGAUAUUAUGAUAUUAUUAGAUUAUUCUCAGAAAGCCAGUUAGAUGACCAGCAAAGCGUCUUCAAGGAAAGAACUGCCAGUCCACUUGUUGUGACUUUACUACUGAUACAUGUCAAUACCUUCUUAUAUCAUAUGGAUUUCAAAUCUGCAUCUGUGUGUGAACUACGAUGCCGUUUCCUACUGAAGAGAAUGUGAGGCAGAAUAUAUGUGGAUUUCGACUGAUAUGGGCAACUAUUUGGUUCGCUUUUAGGGGCUUCUUACUCGUUCCUUCUCCCACAUAGGAGACAAUGAUGACCUACAUGCCACUAGUCACACAGAAGACAAAAGACACAAUGAGAUGAACUUUCUUAUGUUACUGCAGAAUAUAAUAUCUAUCAGUACUUAUAGGAUCCAGGGGCGGAUAUACCGCCUGUGCAGCUGGUUUAGCUGUACAGGGGCCCAGCAAGGGAGGGGGCCCUUUCCAGUACCAGCAGAGGUGUUUUAUUUUUUUAUUUUAUCAUAUUUUUCAUUCCCUACCUCUGCCAACAGGGUAACCUGGGCACCUUAGGGUGGAGGUCAGGAGGGGGCAGAGUUUUAGGGGGGCCUGAUUAGGACUUACUAUGAAUCUGCUGCCCGUUCUGCCUAUACUCCAUAGCUGAAGGACCUGCAAUGACAUCGUAGUCAUGUGAUCUUUUCAACAGUGGAAGUGGUGGUAGAACCUGUGAUGACAUCAUAGUCAUGAGAUCUUUUUAACAUGGAAGUGGUGGUAGGACCUGUGAUGACAUCAUAGUCAUGUGAUCUUUUCAACAAUGGCAGUGGUGGUAGGACCUGUGAUGAGGUCACCAUCAUGUGACUAGUGCAGAAAGAGGCAGUGCUCAGCAGUGGAGACAUGUGAUGCCAUGAAAUGAAUGUGAGAGCCAUAGAAAUGCUGGGAGAUGUGGUUCUCCCCAUUAUACCCCCUCCCUGCUUAUUAUUUAACUGGCACAGGGGCUGAAGGGAGGGGAGGGGUGUUAUUUACUUGGGACUGUAUAUUAUAGAAGACUAUAAGAGAUUUUUUUUACAUGGGACUGACUGUAUGGUAUAGAAGACUGUAAGGAAGAGAGGUUAUUUACAUGGGACUAUAUCAUAUAGAAGACUGGUGGGAGAGGAGUGAUGUUAUUUAUAUGGGACUAUUUGUUGGAGGGGUGUGAAGGAGGGGAUUCAAGUUAUUUACAUGGGACUGUGUGUUAUAGAGAACUGUAAGGAAGAUAAGUUAUUUACAUGGGACUAGAGGGAGAGGACUGGUGUUAUUUACAUGGGACUGCAUGGUAUAGAAGACUGGCUAUAUACAAUGGAACAUUAUAACUACUGUGGGCAGGGGUGGGGGCAUUACCUACUACUGAGGGCUCUAUAGAAGUGCCUUAUAUAUUAUUAGAGGUGCCCUAAAGGGGGCCUUAUUAGUACUGAGGGCACUGUAGGGAGCCUUAUUACCACUGGGGUACUAUUUGGUGGGUGGCUUUUGCAGUGGCCGGGUUUGGGGUUGGCCCAACGCUACGCUGGGUCACCCGGACACCGUUGAGGUGUCACCACGUGUUGCUGCUCUCCGGAAGAGAUGUUGAGGUGUGGUGAACCCCAACUGGAAAUAAGUCCAGAGAGUCAGGGUCUGCAGUAACCAGGGAGCUUCUUUACUGGAGAGAUUCAGGCACAAAACAAUACAGGCGAGGCAUGGGGCUGGCUUCUCCAGUCUCCUCCCUGGCAGAAGAAGUGUUUGAUGCUGCGGAAAGGCCUGAGCUAGCUGUCCCUCUUUCUCUUCAGAAGGUUGGUACCCUGGUCCAAGGCUGGAGGUCCACGGUCUGUGGCAGUGUAUCCCCGUCUCAGUGUCUUCUUCUGGUCACUCAGUAGUCUGGCAGAGUCUCCUCUUCCAAGCACUGUUCCCUAUCUGCAGAACACCAGGGGCUCUGACUGCUCUCCUUAUACACAGUU